AUGAAUUACGCAGGCAAUAUACUUGUGUCUCCACAAGGGCAUGGAGGAGGAGGCUUAGCUGUAUUCUGGAAGCAAGAAAUUGAAGUCGACAUGCUCCACGCCUGCAAGAACUUCAUAGACACAAAGGUCAAAACGGAAGGAAAGUCUUUUUUCAUCACCUUUGUAUACGGGGAGCCGGACCAUACACAAAGACAAAGGGUUUGGGAUGAAAUAAGAGAAACAGUGGGAGAGAGAUCUGAACCCUGGUUAUUAACUGGUGACUUCAACGAGAUCAUCAAUGCCUCAGAGAAAAGAGGAGGACCGCCACGCCCAGAAGGAUCCUUUGUCGAGUUCAGGACCUUCAUGUCAGAAUGCGACCUUUAUGACUUGAGGUACUCCGGAAAUUUCCUCUCCUGGAGAGGCCAAAGAAAUGAACAUCUGGUAAGGUGUAGACUAGACAGGGCUAUGUCAAAUAGUGCUUGGGCUGAAGAGUACCCUACGGGACGAAGUGAAUACCUGAAGUUUGAAGGCUCAGACCAUCGACCAAUCAUCACCAUUUUCGAGCCGCUGAGGAAGAGAAAAAAGGGCCUUUUCCGCUAUGACAGAAGACUACAAACAAAUGAGGAAGUCCAGAGGUUAGUCUUUCAAGCCUGGAAUGCAAGAGGCAGAGAUACAGUGGAAAUGAAAGUGAACAGAUGUAGAAGUGCAAUAAUCAAAUGGAACAAAGAAAAGCAUAUAAGUAGUAGGAAGCUAAUUGAAGACUUACGUAACAGUUUGGAAGAGGCAAUGGUAAGUCCUCUAGAAAAUCAAGCAGUGAUCGCAGGGAUCAACAACGAACUCCAACUGGCCUAUACAGAGGAAGAAAGCUUCUGGAAACAAAGGAGCAGACAACUUUGGUUAGCACUCGGAGACAAAAAUACAGAAUAUUUCCACGCAUCGGCAAAGGGGAGACAGGCAAUCAACAAAUUCUCAGUUAUUGUGGAUGAGACAAAUAAUGCAGUACAUGAAGAAGAGAAAAUCGUUAGCGUUAUAACGAAGUUCUAUCAGGAACUAUUUACCUCUCAAGGAGGAGAGAACCAAGAGGCAAUCAGGGAAGCCCUAGAACCUUGCAUCACAGAGGAGAUAAAUGAGAGACUGACUGCAACACCGACGGGGGAUGAAGUAAGAGCGGCUUGCUUCUCAAUACACCCAGGGAAAGCCCCAGGGCCUGAUGGAUUCUCCGCCUGCUUCUUCCAAUCAAACUGGAACACAGUAAAAGAGAAGGUCACGAUAGAGAUCCAAGCUUUCUUCACAUCGGGAACCCUGCCACCGAACAUAAACGCCACACAUGUGAGGCUCAUACCGAAGAUAACAAGCCCAAAGAAGGUGGCGGACUAUAGACCGAUUGCUUUAUGUAAUGUCUACUUCAAGAUCAUCUCAAAGAUACUUACAUUGAGAUUGCAGCCGGUGCUAAACGAGAUAGUAACGGAGAAUCAGUCAGCUUUUGUUCCGCAGAGAGCCAUUUCCGAUAAUGUUCUCAUCACACACGAAUCUCUCCAGUACCUGAAGACAUCAAAAGCAAAGGUCAGAUGCUAUAUGGCGGUGAAGACAGAUAUGAGCAAGGCUUAUGACAGAAUUGAAUGGAGUUUUGUUAAAAACAUCAUGAAAAGACUAGGGUUUGAUGGAAAAUGGAUCCACUGGAUCAUGCAGUGUCUAAGCACAGUUACCUACGCUUAUCUGGUGAACGGCUCGGCACAAGAUCAUGUAAGGCCAAGUAGAGGCUUGAGACAAGGGGACCCGCUAUCACCCUACAUUUUCAUUCUUUGUAGUGAGGUUCUAUCUGGACUAUGUAACAAGGCCCAACGGAUUGGAAAAUUAUCUGGAAUACGUGUUGCAACGAGAAGUCCAAGAGUAAACCACCUCCUCUUUGCAGAUGAUACGAUGUUCUUCUGUAGAUCAGAUCCCCAGAGCUGCCACGAACUCAUGAAGAUCAUACACAAAUAUGAGCAAGCGUCGGGACAGAUGAUAAACAAAGAUAAGUCAGCGAUAACCUUCUCCUCCAAAACAAACAAUCAUGCAAAAGAAAGGGCAAAAGUGAUACUCGGAAUUCAAAAGGAGGGAGGGCUAGGCAAGUAUCUUGGGCUACCUGAACAUUUUGACAGGAAGAAGAAGGAUUUGUUCAGCAUGAUUGUGGAUAGAAUCAGACAGAAAGCUCGGAGCUGGUCAUCUAAACAACUAUCGCAAGUAGGAAGAAUGGUUAUGCUAAAAUUAGUCCUCGCGGCCAUGCCCACCUACACAAUGACGUGCUUCAAACUACCCGUCUCGAUGUAUAAACGGAUGCAAUCUGCUUUGACAAGAUUUUGGUGGGAUGGAAAUCAGGAAAACAAGAAAAUGUGCUGGAUCUCAUGGAAGAAAAUGGUGGAAUCAAAACGAGAUGGUGGGUUAGGGUUCAGAGACUUACAAAACUUUAACGAUACUCUUCUAGCCAAGUUGAGCUGGCGAGUUCUCAACCAGCCGAAUUGCCUCCUCGCAAGAGUUCUCCUCAACAAGUACUGCCAUGAAACCACUUUCCUUGACUGUGAUGUUUCCACCACGGCCUCGCAUGGGUGGAGGGGAAUCUGCAUAGGACGAGAUCUCCUAAAGCCAAACCUCGGAAUGACCAUUGGAGAUGGAACAACAACGAGGAUAUGGACUGACCCGUGGCUGUCGCUGGACGAGCAAAGCAGACCAAUGGGACCACACCCGCAACAUGCCGAGGAGACGAAGGUGGAGAGUCUACUAUCACCUACAACGGGAGAGUGGGACAGAGAAAAAAUCAGAGCAAUCCUACCUUCGCAUGAGAAACAAAUACUUGAGCUAAGGACAAGUAAAUUAGGCGGCACAGACAAGCUAAUUUGGUUGCAUACAGAAGAUGGAAACUACACAGCAAAGUCUGGAUACUACGAAAGGCUCAAAACUGAUAAUGAACUAAUCAUGACCGGGGAACAAGAGGAAGGUGAGGAACAACAGGAGGAACAACAACUACAAAACCCAGAAGAUUUCAAGUAG